UUAUUUCUGACUCUCGUGCAAAGCGCAACGUCGAAACGGACGGCUCGUAUGGUCGCUCGGUCGCUAAUGUUGUGUGCGUGUGUGUCUUCGGUGUCGGUUUUCGGGUUCGGUGUUUUUUCGUGUGUGUUUUUCGGUGCUUGACAAAUGCAAUACAAAUGCAAAUGCAGUAGAAUUCAAAGUGCAACAAAAACAACAACGAGCUAAAAACCAGUUUCAAUAAGCCAAUAAACCAAUAAGCAAUAAGCCAAACCAAAUACAACAACAACAGCAACACUUAAGAGCAACUAGGCCCGUUAGUGCGCCGCCGUGGCCUAUAUUCAAAAUAGAUCAGCCGCAGUCUCAGUUGCUGCCGCCGUCGCAGUCGUCGCCGCAGUCGCAGUUUCAGUCGCCAUCGCCAUCGCCGCAGCCAUCGCAGUUGCAGUCAAAAUGCUAAAAACAACAUCUACAACAACAACAACAACAACAACAACAACAACAGCAGCAGCAGCAUCAGUGGCCGCCGUCGCCUGAGAACGCAGCUAAAAACAAGUUUUAUGCUAAAUAAUAAUAAAUAAAUAAAUAAACGCAUCGCAAUACCAAAAUACAAAGUCGAAGAAGUCGAAAAGGUGCAAGAAAAAAAAAAAAAAGAAACAAGUCAAGAACUUGGCCAACGGCAGGAGUCGACCUGGCAAAUACCCAGUGAAGAGUGCAAUAGAGAAAAGUUUUGAGUGCAAAUUUGUUUUGCUCGGCUCUAAAACUGUAAAAGCAAUAGCUUUUAAACCGUAUCAUAAAAUUAAGUUCACCUUUUGGCAAAUCUGUCUAAAGAACAUUUGCCUUAGCAUACCCGAUUUGCACACUCGUGUUUAGGGUAUCAAAAGUGACCUACAAAUACGGGUUUUGCGCCUUGGAACCAAUAACAGCGACAACGCGUGAGAACUGAGAGGCAAAUGGCAACAGCAACAGCAACAAAAACAAGCGAAAUGCAGGCAACACUUGCGGUUAAGCGGCCCGGACCGCCAGUGCCGCCCAGGCCCAAAACAGCAACAGCAAAUGCAGCAGCAGCAGCAGCAGCAGGAGCUGGGGCUGUGGCAGCUGCCACGCCCUGCCCGCCGCUCAUACAAAAGAAGCCCACAUUUGUUAGCCAACUGAGCGCCGUGGGACGCACCUUGGUGUACAAGUCGCCCUCGCUGAAUCUGCAAAAGAAACAGGCGCAGACACAGACGCCCACCAUGGCGCUAGUGAACAGUGCAACGGCAACAGGCGCCGCAGCAACAGUAACAGUUGCUCCCAUAACGACAACUCCACCUGCUGCACCGGCAACGGCGCCGAAGCCUCCGCUGAAGCUACGCAAGGCGCCCGCUGUGCCCACAGCUAAACCUCGAGAGUCGGUUGUCAGCGUGAAUCGCGCCAAUAGCCUGACCACUCAGAGCACUCCGCCCCAUAAGGAUACGCGCCUGAGCCUGGGUAAGGUGGAUUUCGAGCGGGCAGGUCUGUUGCCUGCUGCUCAGCCGCUGCCCAAGCCGCGCAAGAUUGUCCAAAUGCCGGUGGCCACGCUGGACGUGGAGGAUGUGCCCGUGAGCAGCAUCUUCAGACGCUCCAAGACAACGCUGGACAGUCCGCUGUCCAGCCAGAGCAGUGGAGGCAGCUAUUUGGGCGGCAAAACGGUGGAGUUUAAGAAUAAUCUGAAAAAUGCUGCCGAGCGUUUGUUCUCAGAGAUCAUCAUUAGCCAGACGCAGAAGCAAACCUUGGCCGAUACGACCAUCAUAACCAAGCAUGAGCGCGCCAUACAGCAUCAGGCAUUGUUGGAGCAGGAACUAGCGCAGGAGCGGCUCAAGCGACAGCAGCAGAAGCAGCAACAGCAGCAGCAGCAGUUGGAGCGGGAAAGGAAACAGGAGCAGGAGCAGGAACAGUUGAGCCAGGUGAUUCAGGCGGCAGGCAACUGCACGCGCAUCAACAUAAAUACCAGCAGUGUCCAGGCCCAGGCCCAGACCCAGACCCAGCCCAAAUCGAAGACAAUAAAGGGCUCGGUCAGUGCGGGCAACACGCCCGAGAAGAAGCAUGCCUUCCACGAGCUGCUCAUCUCAGAGCUGGCGGCUAUGCGUAAUCGUGCCUGCUCGUUGGAACAGUUGCCCACUAAGUGGCAGGCCACGCCCACUAAGACACGUCAGCGUUACAAUUCGAUUGAGGAUGCGGAUACGGAGGAUGUGGACGCUGAUAAUGUGGAAGAUGCCGAUGGCGACGAGGAGGACGACACACUGACCUAUGCGGUCAAUAAAUCACUGAAGGAUAAUGCAAAUGGCAGCUCGACGCCACGCAAACGCUGCCCCUCCGGCUGCUCCUCGGACUCAUCACCCUAUGGAACAGAGCGUUCGCAGCGCAUACGUACGUCCGAUUGGAUUGAGGUGGGGGAUAAUGGCAAACAGGUGACCCUCACCAGCUGUCACAUUAGCUUGGAGGACUCCGGCAUGGAGGAUGAGGAGCGACUGGACGACAUGUCAUCGUCGGGCGUGGGCGAUAGCUGGGAUAGUGUCAAGGAAGCUGAGCGAGAGAAUGAGAAACGUUGUCGCAACGUCAAACGCGGAAUGUCUAUAAGCGGCUUGCCGCCAUUGCCAAAAUCUCUGAGUGGUUUCAACAAGCUGCUCGGCUCCGACUCGGGUCUCUUGAGCGAUGUGGACGUGGCACAGCAAGAGCUUAACAAUAACAACAACAACAGCAACAGCAGCAACAUCAACAGUAAUAGCAACGUGAAGAAGGAGAACGACAGCGGCAACAAAUUAGCAAGCCAAAUAGUUAGUGAUAACAACAACAAAAGCAACAGCAGCAGCACCAACAACAACAACAACAAUUUGAGCGGCGAUAAGCAAGCAUCUAAAGACAGCAGCAGCCAAGAUAAUGCAGACGAUAAAUCAGCAACAGCUACAGCAGACUCUGCUACAGCAACAUCAACACCAACCUCACCUGCAAAAAUCAAUGUAACGGGCAGCACUUUGGACGCGCAGAUAGCGACGCUGCGCAAGGAAAUGGGCAAUCGCAGGCAUUCACCGACGCCCUCUUCGUACGAUUCGGUUAGCUCGGAAGGCGGCGCCGAUGCGGAUCUUGUCAAGGCGAAGCGUCUGGGCACCAUACCAAAGGUCAUAACGACGCAGCCAAAGCAGCUCCAGCCGAAGGGUGAUCUGAAGCCCUUGCCACGAAUGCGCAGCGCACCGCCGCCACCACCGCCCGUGGCGCUGAUGUGCACCGCGCGCAAGGCGGCGGCACCGCCACGGCCCACAUGA